AUGUCCGACAACUACAACAACCAAGGAAAUCCCACGGGUAUGGGAGCAUACAACAAUUCUCCAUUCUAUCCCUAUGAGGUCACACACAGAGGCACAAACGCUCAAGCAAGUGGUUUCCCAUUCCAAAGCUCUGAAUGAAGCAUCCUGACAUUCAGGUCUAGGGAAAUCAAUAUGACCAUCGCAUCCAACCUGGAGGCCACGGUUACCGCUACGCAAACAAGGGUGAGUCCAACCUUUUCUAACUUUAUCUUUUGUGAUGUUUCUUUCCCUCGUGAGAUACACACAUAAGAAUGGGCAGCUGACUUGAGUAUUUGUAGAUGGCAGUUGGGACUACAGAAACGCCGAUGGCUCCUCCUACCACGAUAACGGAAAGGACCGUGCCGUUUAUACUGAUCCCUACGGAAAGGAGUACGUGAAGGAAAGCUCUGGCGCCAAUCGAGAGGUUGACGAAGAGUCUUCUGAUAAAUUCGCCAAGGCUGAUGGUGGUGGACGAGCACAAGAAUAUGAUAAUCCGGAGGCUGACUCUGACGGCGAAUAUGCUGAAGACUUUGGCGAUUGUAUUGAACCUGUUGACGAUUCUGAUGGAGAAUCUGACGGAGAAUCUGAAGGAGAAUCUGAAGGAGAAUUCAGUGGAGGAUCUGACGACGAUGGAGAUGAUGAAUCUGAUGAUGGAUUUGACGACGACGAUGAUUCUGACGAUGAUGAUGAUUACGGAUAUGAAUACUACUAUGAUUGA